AGAGAAGAAGAAAUUAAAUCGAUCUCUUCGUCAGCAAUAAUGCGGACGCCAUCACGGCGCAUUAGCUAGAUACUGCUGCUAGCUUUUGCCGAUCGAUCCGAGCUAUAAAUACAUGGCCGCCAUGGCGAUCGUUCGACGCAGCAGCAGCAAGAAGAAGACGCGACGACGUAGCUAGCUAGAUCGAGAGAUCAAUGGCGGCGAGCGGCGGCGGCAAUGGCGUGGUGGUGGUGUUCGACUUCGACAAGACCAUCAUCGACUGCGACAGCGACAACUGGGUCGUCGACGCGCUCGGCGCCACCGCCCGCUUCGACGACCUCCUCUGCCGCCUCCCCUGGAACUCCGCCAUCGACGCCAUGAUGGGGGAGCUGCACGCGGAGGGGAGGACGGUGGAGGAGGUGGCGGCGAGCCUGAGGGCAGCGCCGCUGUCGCCGCGCGUGGCGGCGGCCGUCGAGACGGCGCGCGCGCUCGGGUGCGAGCUCAGGGUGCUCAGCGACGCCAACGCCUUCUUCGUCGGCGCCGUCCUCGACCACCACGGCCUCGCCGGCUGCUUCUCGGCGGUCGACACCAACCCGGCCGCCGUCGACGCCGACGGCCGCCUCCGGAUCCUCCCCUACCACGGCCUCCCCGGCCAUGGCUGCCCCCUCGCCACCUGCCCUCCCAACAUGUGCAAGGGCAAGGUCAUGGAGAGGAUCAUCGACGAGCUAUCCUGCGGCUGCGGUGGCGCGCUGGCGGCGAGGAGGAGGAGGGUGGUGUACGUCGGCGACGGGAGAGGCGACUACUGCCCGUCGCUGAAGCUGACGGAGAUGGACUACGUGAUGCCGAGGAAGGGGUACCCGGUGUGGGACCUCAUCGCCGGCGGCGACCGCGCCGCCGUCCGGGCCGACGUCCGCGAGUGGGCGGACUUCGAGGACCUCGAGGCGGUGCUGCUCGGCAUCGUCGCCGAGUGCCUCACGUCGGAACACGACGACGCCGACGACGAUGGCGGCGAGGCGGCGCCGCCGGCGGAGUGCCGUGCGCUGCCGGCGACGCUGGCUUCCGGUCAGGAGGCAAUUCUGCCCAAGGCAGUUCACGUGCCUAAUUGACUGGGCCAGAUGAUAGAUUAACGAACUAGUAUUAAUUAAUUAAUUAAUUAAUUAAUUAAUCAAACAUGCUUAAGUAAUUAUAUAUUCAGUAAUAAACUUCACCUGUGUUGUUGCAAGAUGGUGUGAGGUGGAUCAUGUAAGAGAUCCCCAUUAUAUUGUGCUUUAGCUUCACCAAAUGGAAGUGUUUUGGUUUGGUGAAUGGUGUGAGAUACAUUCAGGGUAACUGAAAUUGCGACACCAUUGUAAGAACGCCUGAAAAUUCAUUCUACUGGUAGAAAUUGAUAUUGGUCUUUUUGAUAUCAAAUUCA